AUGGGCGGCAGUGACGCCCACCCGCCACCGCUGCGGAGGAAGGAGGGUCCCGCCCCCGCCCAGCGUCGGCGGGGUUUCUCGCGGGAGACCACGUAUCGUGUGCACGAGUUUUAUUCGAGGAGGCAGCGGUUGGACUCGCAGGCCGACUAUCAUUUCAUUUUACAGCAGUUGGGAUUACGAUUAGGGAUGUGAUACUGGAAAGAUGAAACCAGAACUCUUGAGUUCAGAAGAUAUGUCACAGAAGAUUCAGUAGAGUAGCUGCUGAAACAUCAUACUUAUUUUACACCUGCAGUAGAACUCAAAGAAAGAGGAAAGAAAGGCAAAGCAGUUCACUUUGCUGAAAUUGAUGGUCCAGCUUCAGACAGGUUGACAGAUAAAAGGUUUGCUUUAAGAGACGAUAAGUCACCCAAAGGCUUAGAGAAACAAAGUCAGCAGGGCAACGUUACACUCCACGAUGCUAAAUUUGUUGCUUUGCUUUUACUACAAGAUACUGAGAUGCAGCAUAUCUGUUCUUUUACAACAUUUAUGAGGAAUAAGAAUCUUGACAAUUUCCUCAUGGCAUUGUUGUACUAUUUAUAUUAUUACUUGGAAAAAAUCUCACAGGAAAAGAAACCCAAAAGCUACAUGCUGGGCCUUGUGGAGAAAAAAGAGAUGGAAUUGGUUAUCAGUAAGUUAGAAGCAGCACAGAAAUACUUGGCACAGAAGUACUGUGUCCUCGUCCUGGGCUUGGGAAUGCCUGAUAAGCAUCACAUGUGCUGCGGAAAGGGGAAAAUAUCAGAUACACAAAAAGACUGGAAAUUCUUUGAGUCCUUUUAUACUUUCUGUACGUAUGUAGCCUGGAUUGUCUUCCGACGUCAACACUUCACAGAGAUUGAGGAAGAAAUAGGGAGGCUGUUUCGUUCCGACAUGUUCAACAUUCCCCGAAGGAAGCGCGAGGAUGAAGAGUCAGGAGGGGAAAAGAAACGCAUGACUUUUGUACAAUUCAGGAGAAUGAUGGCAAAGUGCCCAGCGAUGAAAAAAGCCAUUAACAUGCGCUCUCCAGUCAUGUCUACUCUGCUGCCCUCUCUCAGAGAAAAAGCUCAGAAUAUCUCUGAGAAAAAGUACCGUCAAGUAGGCAUGAAAUCCCCAGUCCGGAUGCAAGAGCACAAGGAAAAUCUGGACUCUGUGCACAUGCCAAUAGUUGGCAUCCUGGGGGAGCCUCGAUGUCAGUUCAACCCCCAUACCCUUAUCCCCCUCGAUACAAAUGAAAGCAUGAAGUCUGGGAGACAGUCUUCCAUGAUAGAAAGAAAUAACAUGAGGAUUCAGGAUACACUGGACUUAGUCAUGAGAACGCUGUCCUCUCAAACAACAUUCCCUAAAUAA